AAAAGAGUUAGUUCCAGUGCCUUGGACAAAUCCUGAAUUUGCAUGUGUUUGCAUCUUUCAAAUUUUGUAAGGGGAGGGGAGAUUUUGCCCACAGACUCGCUGGUCAUUUUGAAAUAGAGGGGGCGGAGCUCAUCGCCCGGUUCUGAAGUAAUCUCUUAACACAUACGGUUGUGACGACAGACCCAGAAGCACAAUUAGAACAAUUAUGUGAGACUUUAGUUCUGGGUUAACUGAGAUUAUAGUCAGACAUUCGUCACAGUGAUGGUCCCCUGUAGGGAGGACCCUCAGCGGCCAGCAAUGCUUCAGCUAGACAUAAAUCAGAAGAAAGUAUUUUUAUUGAUAAUGAAAUGUUCUUGCUACUCGUGGCAAUAGGCUGUAAUCCUCACUGUAGAACAUUUUUAAUAAGGGCAGUAAAAAAACUUGCUGACAUUGCAUAUUCGGAUAUUUGGCUAUUCAUCAAUAACUUAUUAAUGUAUCUCUCAAAAAUGCAAGUUGGUUUAUUGACCAAUUUUGGCUCAUGUCUAGCAGGAUGGCUCAGAGAUUUCCGAUGUCCCCUUGGUAACCCAUCCCAAGUAGAUUAGAGCAUUUAUUUUUUGGAGAUUUCUUCACCCAACCUCAUAAGACAUCUGCAAAAAAUUAAAAUAAAAUGUACGUUCAAUGGUCAGCCAGUCAAAAAUAUUUUUUCAUCAAGCUGGAGACCAGUGUAAACCCGCUCUUUUACUCUGGAGGGAUGUGGGUCACGAUUGCCGGGCUAUUUUCAGUGUGCUCUGGUAAGGGAGGGAAAUCACACUGUACAAGAUUUACAUGUUGUUGGUGGCCUCUAGUACACUCUAAUAGAUGAGUUCCCCAAUUCACAGCUAAAAUAAAAUCUACUGUGCAGAUUAAAAAUAAAGGUUUUAAGAUGUCACAUUGGUUUCAAACAGAAGGUAAAAAUAAGUGGACCUUAAAGGCACAAAGUGAAUGUAUUAUUGGAAACAAGAACAGAAAUGAGUUAUUUGAAAUGAGAACAGGAAUAUAUUAUUCAAAAGAACUCUAAAAUGUGUCCAAAGAAAACCUCUAAAGCCCUACAUCCAAUGUAGCUCUGACUCCUAUUUUGUUAAGCUGUUACCUGGAAAAGGUUCCCCAAUGUAAAAAUGUCUUGAACAUCAAAAGUUGUUCUAGCCUUCUUUUUGUCCAGUGUAGGAGAAAAAAAAGCAGCAAAGAAAACAAACUGGAAUGUUUGUUUUAUCCCCAAAACAAUGUUUCAGUGUUUCUGUCAAAAAGACAUGAAUCAUUUAUUACUUCAUACACUGCGGCCCAAGCUACCCCCUCUCCUUUCCAGCUGAUGUCACCCCUGUCCAGAGAAAUGAUGCUGGGGAGAACAGCUCCGGUUCAGUGUUCAUGAUUGCACAUUUUAGUCAUGUAGCAGAUCGAGAGCAAAAUAAUACCACCACUUACUGUCUCAAUAGUACCACCUUUUGCUGUCUACCCACAGACAUUUCUAAGUGGGUAAUAGCUAGACACAUCAUUUGGUUUGUCCAAGUCGUCAGUCAAUAAGUGGGAUAACGUCCCUCAUGUGAGUUCCCGGUUCCUCAGAAAUGCCUGGCACGCCACUUGAAAGAGGGAACAGCUAGCUCUUGUCCACAGAUUUCCAGUUCUCCUACCCACAGAAAAACUCUUUGACUGCUGGGCAAGCCGGGCGGCAUGUUUUAUUUUUAAUCCACAGUUAAAGACGAGGGGGAGUUUCUCGGGAGCGAGUGAGUCUGUAUCCAAGGAGACGGUCUGUUGACUGCGAGCCCGAACGAGGUGAUUCUUCCUACAUUCCCAAACAUGACUGCAACAAUUUCCAAGGCCCCUUGGGGUGGUACGUAUCCUCCGGUGGCGAAACUCAACUUGGCUGCCGACCCCAGGAAGAUGCGCAGGAUCAUUGCAGAAGACCCAGAGUGGUCCCUAGCUGUUGUGCCCCACUUAUCCAACAUCUGCCUGCAACACAUAGUGAGAAACUUUGAGGAGAGGCCCAUCCUCGACAAACUUCUCCCCAGCCACAAAGACUACGUCCUGGAGAGGCUGUCCACCUCCUUGCCCCUGCGGGUUACCUCCAAUCUGAUUAGCGACGAAGGUUACUGGAAGCGCUGCUGCCAAAAGCGCUGGGGCCUGCGUGACGUCUCCGCGUACGGCCACAGCUGGAAACGGAUGUUCCACGAGAGGCACCUGGAGAACAUCAUCGAGCUCUUCAUACCGGACGUAACCGACCCCAGGUUGGUGCUGGACGCCGUUCCCCUGUGCCGGGACUACGUGACCAGGCUGAACAUCUCACAGCUGCUGCCGCCCAUCAAGGAGCCCCAGGCGCAAGAGGAGGACGACGGCCGUGACUCGGCCAGUGACCUGAGCGUGCAGGGGCCCUCCGUCGACCACUUUGACUUCGGCAUCCUGCUGGACAAACUGAGCCGCCUGGAGGAGCUCCAUGUGGUCUAUAGGGUCAAGGGCUGUGGCAUGAACUUUGAGUGGAACCUCUUUGAGUUCACCUACCGUGACUGCGAGUUGCUGGCCAGGGCCCUGAAGUCCUGCACGACCCUGAGGGUGCUGAGGAUCCACCAAAGCAAAGUGGAUGAUGAGAAGUGUCGUCUGCUGGUGAACAACCUCCUGGACCACCCGUCCCUCAGAGAGCUCAACCUGUCCCACAACCUGGUAGGGGACCGGGGUGCCCGGGCCAUCGGCAAGCUGCUCACCAGGAGUAGGCUGGAAACCCUGACCGUCUAUGACAACAACAUUCAGGGCCCGGGGGCCCGGGCUAUUGCCCACGCCCUGGCCAAGAACACCAGCCUGCUGUCCCUGGACCUACGACUGAACCGCCUGGGCGACGAGGGGGGCCAAGCGAUCGCUCAGGCCCUGCUGAAGAACUGCACCCUGGAGCGGCUGUACCUGGGGGCCAAUGAGAUGAGUGAGCCCACCGCCACCGUGCUGUCCCAAGUCCUGGUCCAGAACCAGAUGCUGAGGAGCAUCAGCCUGGCCUGUAACCGGCUGGGUUCGGAUGGAGGCAAAGUUCUGGAGGAGGGCGUGUCUCACAACAGCAUGCUGCUGGAGUGUGACCUCCGCCUGACGGAGGUGGGCCAGGAGAGUGAAUACUGCAUCAGACGUGUGAUCCAGAACAACAAGAACAGAGAACGCAAAACCCAGGAUGACAGCGUCAUGUAAACCCAGUCUGAGACGCAGAGAAUAGUGAAAUACAGAUAUACAACCCCUUCAGGUCAUUGGAA